AGGACAAAACUAAUCGCCUUACAGGUACUAAGAAAUGCGGUACAAAAUAGAGGCCGUGAAGGCUCACAACAUAAACCGUAAAUUUAGCUUCAUUACCCUUAACAACAAAAUAUAUAUUAUAGCAAACUUAUAAUGCACCAAAAUUCGUUAUUUGCAGCCUAACUUAAAAUCUAUUUUGAUAUUGAAUUCUUGAAUUUGAAAAAGAUUCAGAGUAUUCCAUCUCUCUUUCAGCCAUCUCUCUUUCGUUACAUUGUAUUUUUGACUCUUGAAUAAAAGAUAGGCUGAUAACAAUUGUAAUUCUCAAAAAGCUUCCAUAUUUGUCCUUAAAUUAGUUUCAAAAAUUACAUAAAAACGUCAGAAAUUAGAUAAUGCUUGAGUCUCAUUUUUCGUAAAACCUAUUUCCAUUUCUCCUUUUUGUAAACAAAUAUCUACGCAGUAACAUUUCUUACAAAGUAUAUAUAUGUUUAUAUAUGCAUUGAAGGGAAGUAAAAUAUAGUGGAGACUAGUAAAGAGUUUGUCUUUUUUAAAUAGACAAAGCAUGCACGUGUUUUUUUUGCAUUUUACAUCGCACCAGUUUCUCUUUGACGGUUAUUUAUUUCAAAAUGGCCUUGCUUAUGCAACAUUUAUUAUAAUCAUUGCCAAAAUAAGAAGUAUUUUUAAAAAAGAAAAAAAAACUGUGUACGCACCACAAAUGUUCAAACGUUGGCCAUCCAGUGCGAAACGGUACCAUAGCAUUACAUUGUUGCUGAGAUAUUCCAGAGCUUUUUUUUUGGUUGGCCAUCCAUUAGGGAAUGCUUUUAUGCCAAAGUUUAUUUGUUACCACACGCCGGCCGAGGAUGACUCCGUGUAGGACAAUUUCUUUCAUGACCAUAGCAGAAACCAGAAAACGGAAAUUAGUUCUGACUGGCGCUUGUUGGUAAAUGAAGCGAUUGAAAAAUGACGUCGUUCAGAUAUACAACAAGUGAAUAAUAUAGUGCUUGCUAUUGUCCAAUUAACAUAACGGCUCAGCAAAUCCGAAGUGGUGAAACAAAGGUUUUCUGGUCGUAUUCGGCGAUCCCUUGUCACAGCAUUGAGAAGCGUUUACAAAGUCGGUCAAAAGUUCCUGACUAGCAUCUCGGACUAUCGAGACAAACUGGAGCUACAAACACAAGUACUUUUAAAUUUCGUUUUAGUAAACGAUUAAUCCGCAUAGACGUCCGUCGAGCUUGAAAACAGGGACCAAAAUGUUUCUUAAGCGAACUGAUUCUACGCAUCCGCCUCUCUAGUUCAUAUAAGUUUAUCUUCCAGCAGAGGGAACUACCCAUUAAGAACAUAGUUAUAGUUCUAUUCAAAUGUAGUCAGGUCCAACUGAAUUACCUUCAGGCCAAUAUUAAUACACUUGUGUUUUCUAAUAAUUUCACCAUGAAGCUCCUAAAGCGUUUGUCGCUUUUGGAAAAAGCGCUUCGCUCUAUCAAGGCUUGUACUGAUGCCCAAUUGAAAUAGUGUAAAGUUCAGAUAAUUUUCAGUAAAGACGAUUUUUGGGUAAUAAAAAGAAAAAAAGCAAAGCCAAAAUUACUAGCGACAGAAUCAGGUUUUUCCCUUGCAGUAUACGCUCGUCCCCGACGCCGUUCCUUCUCAUAAUUUGCGGACAACUUAACUGUACUUUGGUUUCGUCGAAAACUCUGCUAAUUAGUGAUUAGCGCGGCUUAACAAAAUAGACAUAGGCAGUGAGCAUAAUAUUCGAUUAGGUGGCAUACACGUAUGAUAAACGUACCUUUCAUUGCACGUUUUCAUAGAGUAUUCCAUUUUCAACUACAAUGAAAAUUCUGUAUGUUUGGAAUCGAUACGAUGCUAUAUAGCCUCAGUGCACAGUUGUUUAAUCGGCACAAAUUGUUUGGCUAAGAUUAUGUUCAAUGGAGUGUUGGAAGCGUUUUGUGUUUUGCAUCUACCCUAGGUACUAUCAAACUGCCGAAGAUACAUUGCCAAUCAUUCUAGCAUUCGCUUUUUCCCAGCAAGAGAGGUUACCUCAAACAUAGAGCCGGUAGAAAUCUCGCGAAUUUUUUAAAUUCACUUAUCUUACUUAUGGGAAUUGCAUACGAAUCACAUCAGUUAAAUACAUAACGACAAAAGUUACAGUUUUUGUGUAGAGUGCAUUUUUAUGUUCUCAUUAAUAUCCUUUGUGUGUACUGAAGUACUUCGAAGACGAUGAUUUCGCAAUUAGAAAUCCUUCGUUGACACUCAUUUAUAUCGAUGGUAACAUAGUGGGUACUCAUCGUAAAUGUUCAAUAAUGUAAAAUAUUUUCUAGCAACGACUUCAGUCAUAUGUGACUUUUCUUUUCAGGACAUAUCUGUUAUCAGGACAGGAGUUAUCGGGUGGUGUUAUCGCCCCUGUUCCAGCGUCUUUUUAUACUCUAACUUAGUUAUGAACAGCCAUUUGUUUUUCCACAACCCGUCCUACGUGGAAGUCUAAGACUAGCUUUGGGAACUCUUACUUUUUUGUAAACACAGUGAAAAAUAUCAUAAUGCCAGAGACCAUCUAUUCGUUUUCCAAACGCAAGAAAAAAUUUGUGCCUGUCGGUCGCCUAUGUCUGCUAAAAGCGCAAAGAAAAGAACCCUAGCUCUACAAAUCUCCUAUUGUUUUUUUUCAUAAAAUGUAUAUGCGUGGCCUAUGAGGCCUAUAUAUCUUGCUCCCCAAGAAUUUUCUAUACGAAACGAUCCUGAACAAUAUAUUUGUGUUUUGAUAUCUUUUCUCCCUCCACUGCUUCUGACCGUCCCGUAUUGGUAAGGAUUUGGCUUUAGAUUGGACCGUGAAUCCUAGCCAUCACCAUUAUUUUUUCAUAAGAAUCAGCUAGGAGCCUCCCAGAUUCGUUUGCCGCUUCAGCAUUCCAUAAUUAUCCUCUCCCGUUCACGUUGCGAUGGUCGACUAUAUGAAAGUACCUAUUUACGAUCAUGUUGCAAAUUGCGUAAUGAUCUUAUUAUCAUAUCGAAACCUCUCGAUCGCUUCUUAUAGAAAGGCCGAUGCCUGCCCUGGAACCUUCUAUCUACAGUGAUGUGCGGCCUGCUUUUGCUAUGUGCUCUUACAGUAGUGCUAGGAGAAGCUGAAACGAGAAGUUAUUCUGUUGGCUCGGUGUGUAUCACGAGCAAUGGCAAUGUCGGGGGCUGCUUUUCGACUUGCGAUGAUGCCGAAGAGCUCGACGGAUAUUUAUCAGUUCAACAAUCCGACAGAAAACGCGCCCGUAAAUGUCAUCAUCGGCAGAUCUGUUGUCCACUUCCCUUAGCUCGUUUCGAAAACAGACUUGAUCAUUUGGAUUCAGUAGAUCCGACACAGCUGAACGAAGCAGAUUGCGGUCGAGAAUUUAGCCGUAGGUUCCGCAUUAUCAACGGGGUACAGGCUGUUGAAGGAGCGCAUCCCUGGCUCGUAGCGAUCUUCUCCAACAACUACUUUGUAUGCGGAGGAGCUCUCAUAACCAACCGCUACGUUCUCACAGCGGCUCACUGUUUUAACCCUGAGAGUCAGAAAUUUCCGCUAAAUUUACGAAGCUUCUUCGCGAUAGGCGGCACGAACGCCCUUACAGAUGAAGCAAAACGAAUUACAAGACGCCUCUGUCGUGUUGCCAUUCACAAGAAUUAUAAACCCGAAAACUUCUAUAACGAUAUAGCCAUUGCAGAACUCAACGAACCCGUUGACGUAAGUGGAAAAUGGGUCAGAACAAUUUGCCUCCCGCCAGUUACAGAUAGAGCAGAGGAUAUUAACAACAAAAAAUUCACUAUCGCCGGUUGGGGAUCCACACAACGUGAUAUCACAAAUCUAACUAUGCAGUUACUUGAAAUCCGAGUUACUGGUGGCAGUAACAGCGCCUGUAAGGACCAGUUUAAGGAUUACAUACUAAUUAAUACAAACAUUCAAAUGUGCGCAGGAGAUAUCGAGAAGAACGUAAAGGACGCUUGCCAGGGUGAUUCUGGAGGUCCUCUAAUUCGACUUGCACAAGACGGCCGUUACCGGGUUGAAGGCGUCACCUCGUUCGGAGUCGGCUGCGCCGUGAAGGGAAUGCCGUUCGGCGGCUAUGCGCGAGUCUCAGUUUAUUCAUCAUGGAUCGAGAAAAUUAUAAACUCGAUGAAAACUUCGGCGAAGACAUGCGAUUACACUCUUUCUAGCCAUGGCUCUGAGCAGAACAAGGUAUCGAACGUGACUUUCAAAUAAUUCUGAAUUCGGUAUUAAUCACUUAUGAUAUUUGCUUUUUUUGACAUAUAACUUUUUGUGACAGGCAAAAAGUGGACGUAUAAGAUCCUAAUUGAAACUAACUUGAACUUAUUUAGAUGACAAACUCUUAGUGUUGUUAUUCUCUCGGACUAGUGAAGCACACCUCACUGAACAUGACUUACGCAAAUAAAUUAAUUUUUUAAUAAAACCAUAUUGCUUGUAUUAAGAAACAGGCUUGGCUCAUAGAUAUUACGAUUCGAAUAACUAACAAAAACCAAAUAACAUAAGCAGCUAUUUAAAUCAGGUAAUUACUACUCCGUAAUUAAUGGCCAAUCAAUGCUUUCAUCGCCGGUAUUCAACACACCAAUCUCUGUCCUUGAAGUAUUUGCGCCAUUUACGUGCUAUGCUUUCGCUCGAGACUUCUUUGCCUCAUGUCUUCACAAAUAACUAAUAAAGAUCUGCAGCGCUGCGGACUUCGACGAACAAAAACUUAAUCACUGAGUGUUGAUUUUUGCGAUUAAAGAAGCUGUUCUUUUUGAACUUGUCUUCUGGAAUAAACUCAU